AUGAAGAUUGGCAACACAGCAUACAAGAAAAACAGCUUUUUCAGCAUUGCAACUAUUACCAUUUGCAAGUGCAAAGCGUAAAUUUUACUGAAUAAUUAAUUGUUUGAGUCAUUAAUUGACGUUAUAAUAAAUUUAUAAUAUAAAUAUCACAUUGUUUGGACUUUUGCUGCAUCUGGAAGUAUUAGAGAUAUAGAAGAAAGGAAGUUGUGCCAUUUUUAUUUAUAAAUCGAAACCGGAUGACAAACACUUGUGAAAGUCGCUUUCGAAGGUGGUCAGCUCGUGUGGAUGGAACAAGGACGAGGAGGAACGGACCAUCUUCUUCCCUUGAGGUUCCUGACGUUGGAACCUUCCUGUCUCCGACUGCUGCCUUGAGCCCGUGCCGUAAUUGCGUGGGCGUAGUCCGUCGCCGACUAGUAGGAGAUCUAAGAUUCGUAGUGAAACAUCGACAAGGAGGAGGAAAUUAUGGCAUUAUCAAAGUUCGACGAGGCCUGGGCAAUUUUGGGGUUGAACCAUCGCCAAGAUGUCCUUGAAGCAAUUUUUCGCGUCUCUGACUUAAAGUCUCUAAAACGAUUCCGUCUCGUGUGCCACCUUUGGAACAAAGAAGUCCUACGCAUUCUUCCAGAAAAAUCGUACAUUCGGACCAGCCGGGGAUCCCUUUUCUUUCUCUACUCGACCCUCGAAACUUGUCCUACCCCACAAUAUUUCCUUACAACUUUGGAAAUUCACUUUUCUGAUUCUGGGAUGAAUAAUAUACUGAAAGAAAUCCUGGAAAAGUAUGGCCACCACUUGAAACAUUUGCGAUGUGCGGGAGAUAUUCGAGAAAAUAGUAUCAGCGUCGUGGAAAGAAACCGAAACGGGAACAAUAUACUUGAUACAUCGCCAGAUGAUCGCUCCCAUAUUCGCACAAAUAUUCAGAUAACGUCCAACAUGUUGACGGUAUGGUGCCCAAAUCUGACGUCUGUUCGGUUCUCGACCUCCAUUCGAAUACCCGAUUGUUGUCCGACGAUUGAUUUGACGAAUAAAUCUGUAAAACCGAUCGGCGGAGGAAACAACGGUAAUGGAAAUGGAAAUCUCGUCAGUAUAAGUCGCACCUCUCCGCCACCACCAUCAGCUCUUCCUCUGCGCCUUACCAGUAUUGAACUGGAUGGCUAUAUGAUCUCUUCUCUUCGCACUUACUGCCUUCAACUGCUCCACGUAUCCCCUUAUUUGACCAGAUUGUCAAUCACUUUUGGAUUAAAGUUCGCCAAGGGUUUGCCAAUCUGGGAACCAUUACCGGAAGUCAUUACUUUCUUCACAGAGCUUAAAAAGAAACCGGAAAUAACGCGGAGAUUGAAAGAAUUUUGCGCGAUUGGGUUAAAAGUUGCCCAGUUGACGGAUGUAAUUGCAGACUUGGAGUUUUCAUCAGACCUCCUGCAAGGAAUUGGAAUCAGUGGAGCGACAAAUGUUUCGGACCCAGAGUUUCCCAAAUUUGUCACAUUCCUGGAAAAGUUGUCAACAUUUCAAAAUUUGGGGAAGCUGACGAUUUUCAAAUGCUCAUGUGCCUACUGCGAGUGGCGAAAUUGGAGGGAAAAACCACGUUGGAGGGAUAUCGAACAAACGAUUCCUGUUAUGAGGAAUGUCAAACAUUUGGAAAUUGCGACGAAUGGAACGCAUGGAAUUGCUUCGUUAUCCUUGCUAAAUAGAUUUCCUUCGCUGGACACGCUGGAGUUUUCCUUGUGUCGAGUAGGCCACGAAAAUCCUGACCAUCACAUCGACAAUGCAGCCGAUUACGUGGAUUUCGACUAUUUCAUGGCUGAAUGGGUGUAUCUCAGAAUGACGGCGAAAUAUGGCGACUUGCUGAAAGCGAAUUGUCAAAGUAUCAAAAGCUUGACGAUUCAUCACACCCUUUUCCGACUGGAAUCUCUGAAAUGCAUUCAGGAGGCAUUUCCAAACCUGAGAAAAUUGAGUAUCUCAAUCCGAAGUGGGGUCACGUAUUGCUGGGAGGUUUACAUGGAGUCGAAACUUUCACUUUCGUCGUGUUUGGAAGUUCUUGCCAAGCUUCCACGGUUGGAGGAAUUGUACGUCAUGAUGCCGACGGGAGUAAUCUAUCCUCAGCAGGAAGUCAGUCGAGCUAUUAAAAUCCUGCGAGAAUUUCCAGAGCUUCGUCGUUUCAAUGUCGCAUUGGGACCACCAGGUCACUCACGCCGAGCCCCGUUUCGAUCUCGUGACGCAUCUGACUCGUCAGUUCGUGACCUCUUCUCUGAUUUCGUCCUGAACCGGGAAACCCACUUAUUCCGCUCUUUGACAAUCACAUUUCGAGGAAUUUGCUGCUGCAAAGUUACUCAACCAGACUUAGCGGACAUUCGAAAAGUGCUGUCCUCCUACAAGCAAAGUUAUCGAUUUAAUUGGUGCUGCCAUCGGUGUGCUCGGAUUCUUGCAAGAUAUGGAAACAAGCGCUAUGAGUAUUCUCCCGUCGUAAAAUUCGACAAUAAUAAUGCUAAUUCUCAACCCAUUUGUGAAUCUAGUCAUUAUUCUGUGGAUAUUGAUGCGCUAUCUAUUGUAUAAAUUGUUGUCAUUCUAGUUUUACGAGGUUACACAAUUCUUAUUACAACUUUGUUAUAAAGAGAGACGUGGCCAUUAAAUUUUUAAGUUAUUGUACUAUACUAGUAGCUAUUCUCGACUGAAUUGAGUAAAAUAUUGCCACGAACAGAGUUGUUCAGAAAUCUGUGAUUUCAAUUUUGUACUUUAUACAUAAUUGAAAUGUUUCACUGUCACAUCGAUUUGAUAAGCUUGUCAUGCUAUUUAAAUAUGCAGACUUUGCCGUUUCUUUAAAUGGUAAUAAGUAUAAAUUUCCAUGUUGUAUUAUUAUUAACCUUUUCUUGUACUCAUUGUUUUGCUCUGUCAUUGAAUUUUGAGUCCCUAAAUUUUUACCUGUAUUUUUACGUAUUGCAAUUACAAAGGUGUAUUUCUCCUGUUAUAUUUUAUAUCAUGCAAAAUUUUCAUGAAAAUUGUAAUUCAUAACUAUUCUCUGUUAUGCUAAAAGUUGUAUUUUUUCCACAUUUUAUUUUUUAUAUCUUUGAUAUUUACUUGUAUUUUAAAAAAAUUAAACGUAAUAAACUGAAGUCUGUAUCUGUGA